AUGAAGUGUUUCGUAGUGCUACUGUUGGCCUGCGUGGCCGUGUGUUGCGCUCAGAACUUUAUUCCCAACAAAAACGUCCUAACCUGUUUCCAGCAUACGGAAUGUGGUAAAAAUGAAGUCUACCGAUGCUGUGGCAUGUGUUUCGAGGAGACGUGUACGGAUAAAUCGAGGGAUAAGUUGUGUGACCACCGUUGUUACAAAGGAUGCUACUGCGAGAAUAACUACACGCGUAAACGGGAGGGCGGUUUCUGCGUUCCGGACAAGGAAUGUCGUUCGGUGGUAAAGGGUUAA